UGAUUCAUCGGACGCGGCAGUAACAGCCGCGCUGUAUACAACGUCACACGUUAGAGUCGAGGUGGCCGAGCUUGCUCGAUAAUCGCGUUAAAGUUUUCACGAUAGGCGUUAUCGGCGUGUUUCGUGACUGAAGACGGGUGCCCACUCGACCGUGGACGACCGUGGAAGCGAGCCGAGCGUGUCGUGGACUACGUGAAACAAGCUUCGCGGCGAGGAAGAGCGACCGGACACGGACCUGACCGGAGAACGCGCACCGACCAUGGCGGUCGAAGGCACGUUCGCGGAGGAGCAGAGGAACUGUCUGUCACGUUUCAGGGCUUUCGUCGUCACUAGGCCUUGGACCAACAAGUUCCUCGCUCUCGCCCUCUUCGGCUUCCUUCUCAUCGUCUGCGGCAAGGCGCUCUACUUCUGCUGGCCCGCCAUCUUUCAUCACAUUCUGCAAAAGGAACUGCCAUUGACGCCGACGUCGAAAGCCUUCGAGGUAUGGAACGACACGAGCAGCCUGCCGCCCAUGUAUUUAAAAAUCCGCUUCUUCAACUGGACCAACCCGGACGAGCUGAGGAUGGACUACAAGAAGCCGAACGUCGUGGAAGUGGGUCCAUACGUGUUCCGAGAGGUGAGGCAGAAAGUGAACGUGUCGUUCAAUCCGGAGAAUCACACGGUGAGCUACUUCAACAGACGAUGGUGGUACUACGAGCCGGAGCUGACCAACGGUUCCCUGACCGAUCGCAUCACGCAACUGAACAUCGUCGCGAUCUCGGCCAAGCACAAGAUACGAUACUGGAACGAGGCGCUACAGGGUACCCUAUCGCUCAUGUUGUCCACGUCGAACGUGCACAUCUCGAAAACCGUGGACGAGCUGCUGUUCACCGGCUACGACGACUCGCUGAUCGAGAUGGGACGAAUGGUGAGCGGCGAGGACAUACCGCCGUUCGACAAGUUCGGAUGGUUCUACAUGAUGAACGGUUCCACGACGUUCGACGGGAACUACAACAUGGCCACGGGCACCGACGACAUCGGCAAGUUCGGCUCCCUGAAGAAUUGGAACUACCGCGACACGACCAAAUUCUUCAAGAGCCCGUGCAACGUGGUGGAAGGAAGCGCCGGCGAAUUCUGGCCGCCGUAUAGGCAGAGGGACGAGAUCAUGCUGUACAGCGGUGACCUGUGCAGACCGUUGACGUACGAGUACGAGCAAACGGUGGACUACCUGGGCCUGGACAGUUACCGGUACGUGCUAGGUGAGAAGACCCUGGGAAACAGCACGAGGCGACGCUACCCGCACGAACAGGCCAAGUAUUUCGAGCAGACCACCACCACCGAGGACUUCUUCGAGGCCGAGCACUCCGUGGAGGCUACCGAUCCUCCAGAGGAGGACCCGGACGUGGUGAACAUUGGAAACUGCUAUUGCAACGGGAAAUGCACCCCGGCCGGUCUGAUGAACGUGAGCUCCUGUCGCUACGGUGCUCCAGUGUUUGCCAGCUUGCCGCACUUCAACAGGGCAGACCCUAGUCUCAGGGAGGCCAUCACUGGACUCAAUCCCGACGACGAUCACGACUUCUCCAUCACCCUCGAACCGGUAAACCGCCGAUAUAUUCCUCUGUCAGUGUCUGCCAAGCUGCAGAUCAACAUCCUACUGGAGGAGUCAAAGAUCGUGUCACUUUUCAGAUCAGUACCGACCAUUUACUUCCCGGUGAUGUGGUUCUCGUUGGAGGUCGAGGCCACCGAUCAGUUCGUCGGUGACUUGAAGAAGCUCCUGGCCAUUCCGAACGUGUGCAUAUGCACGGGUUUAAUCAUGAUCGUGGUGGGCUGCCUGGUCGACUUCACCAUGAUACUUUUGUAUCUGUUGAACAAGCAACGAGCCAACCCGAUCCCCGCCGACAAGAACUCGAAGAAGGAGGUGGUCCCGUCCGCGGUGGACAAAUCGGAGCUGAUUUACCUGAACCAGAACUACGCCAACGAGGACAUGCACGUGAGGGGCGACCGCAGACUGUACGCCGGCACGAUCGAGACCUACAACCCGGAAGCACAGAAGCUUCAGAGCGAGAAAUAGGGAGGAAGGAUGGAGGACUCUGUCAGCGGGUACAGUCUGCCGACUAGGAUCAAAUGUGUUCGAUAGAUGGCUUGGACGCGAUUAACGAUCCCUCGAUCGUGUCAGGGGGUUCCCCUUCCGCGAGAGGUCGUAAAAGUAUUUGAACGCUGACUCAGUCGCGCGAAUUAACCAAGACUUUAGGAUAAUAGGAUUCGAAAACGGAUCGAAUCCCAAGUAGGCUGCUGGUCUGCGAGAACCAGAGAUCCGAAGCGUCUGACGAGUCACGUCCGAGAUCUAGGGAUUUCCCGGACGGUUGCUCGUCAGCCUCGAUCUAGGAACCUUUUGUUCCCCUCGACCGGGAUUCGUUCCAGGUUUUCUCUCUCCCUUUUACACUUUCUCUCGCCUUCCGUAUUUUUAUCUCUGGAACCAAAGCGAAGCUCGUUUGCAUCUCGUUCAGCUCCGAACACGUCGAACAGUCCGCUAGAUCGAUUCGACGAUAGUACAUUCCUCGAUUUUAUAUUAAUCGACGAAAAUCGAAGACUGACGGACGCGUGGGGUGACAAACGAUGCUGUGAUUGGCGUGCAUCGAUGAAACUCGAAUCGGACGUCGACGGAAACGUCUGGUUCGAGUUUCGUGAUCGCAGGGACGGGACCAAGCAACUGCUCAAUGGUAGACAUCGUUCGUGCUAGCGGAUAUAGGGAAAUAAACGGGAACGACGUGCCGGGUCAAUUUAUAGGCGCCGAACUUUUACAUUCGCGAAUAGCGCGUAGCGAUUGAUCAUUUUAUCGCCGACGGAUCAAUGUUCCUGUCGUUUCGAGAGCUACUCCUGUGCCAAAUCUUUAGUCGAGCAAGUUGUUAAGUUUCUUACGUACACACUGGCGUCCUGUUUACAUUGUUACUCGUUUAUUACUUGUUUUUAAGAUUGCCACGGACGUCAACGAUUUACACCGAACGAGCGUGAUACACUGCGAGGCUUAAAUCAUCGCGAUUCGAACAAGUGCAAUUAUCCGCGUAGUUAUAAUUCUAUCGCGUAAUUACAAAAUGGCCGGGUCGAGCUACGGCCGACCUAGGAAUCCUACGAUUUUGUAUUGCAUUUUAAUAAAAACUCACAACUUUUA